CGAGGGGCGGGCUUAAACGUGGCAGGGCGGUUAUGCCUAGUCCCCUCAGAAAGCCAUGGCUGCGACCGCCGAGAAUUCUCCUUCGCUCGCUGUCGCCUCUUCCCGGCCGUCGGGUGACGCCGAACUGUCGUCCCCUCACAUAGCUGCGCUGAUCCUGGCUCGAGGCGGCAGCAAAGGAAUCCCGCUGAAGAACAUUAAGCUCCUGGCAGGCGUUCCACUGAUUGGGUGGGUACUGAGGGCAGCCCUCGACUCCGGCGCCUUCCAGAGUGUGUGGGUUUCCACAGAUCAUGAUGAAAUUGAGAAAAUUGCCAAGCAGUUUGGAGCUCAGGUCCACCGGAGGAGCUCCGAAGUGUCUAAAGAUUCCUCUACCUCUUUGGACACCAUUGUGGAGUUUAUCCAGUAUCAUGAGGAGGUUGAUGUUGUAGGAAAUAUUCAAGCAACUUCCCCAUGUUUGCAUCCCACUGACCUCAUCAAAGUGGUCAAAAUGAUCCGUGAGGAUGGCUUUGACUCGGUCUUUUCAGUUGUGCGGCGGCAUCAGUUCAGAUGGAGUGAAAUUAAAAAAGGAGCCUGUGAAGUGACUAUCCCACAAAAUCUGAAUCCUGCCAAGCGUCCUCGACGGCAGGACUGGGAUGGUGAAUUAUAUGAAAAUGGAUCAUUUUACUUUGCCAAAAGGCCCUUAAUUGAAAAGGGGUAUUUGCAGGGUGGGAAAAUGGCCUAUUACGAAAUGCGAGCUGAGCACAGUGUGGACAUAGAUGUUGACAUAGAUUGGCCUAUCGCAGAACAACGAGUCCUAAGGUAUGGCUACUUCGGGAAAGAGACGUUAAAGGAGGUGAAGCUUCUGGUUUGUACCAUUGAUGGAUGCCUCACCACUGGUCACAUCUAUAUGUCUGAAGAUGGAAAAGAGAUUGUUUCAUAUGAUGUCAGGGAUGCUGUUGGACUUAAUCAACUUCAGAAAAGGGGUGUAGAGGUGCGGCUGAUCUCCGAGAGGGACUGUUCCACCAAGACGCUCUUCGCCAUGAAGUUGGGCUGUACCCUGGAAGUUGGGGUGACAGACAAGCUGUGUGUCGUGGAGAAAUGGCGGAAAGACAUGGGGUUGUGCUGGAAAGAAGUUGCAUACUUAGGAAAUGAAGACUCGGACGUGGAAUGUCUGAAGCAAGCAAGCAUGAGUGCCGUCCCUGCUGACGGCUGUCCGGCUGCACAGAAAGCUGCAAGCUACAUUUGUAAAUGUAAUGGGGGUCGUGGUGCAGUUCGAGAAUUUGCAGAGCACAUCUUCCUUUUAAUGGAAAAGGUGAAUUCGGCUGGAAAACAACUGGGGUGAUCAAGCUAGGAAGUCACCUCCAGGAGCCCUCUCCGGGACGUGGAGUUCUGAUUCAUUCAUUCUGCUGUGGUGACUUUUCUCAUCUGUUCCCUGCUUGGCUUUUGACAUUUCCAGAAUCCAAAGGACACCGACAGGAUGUUUUAUGAUUUCACUGGAGACAAAUUGUUACCGAAUUGAUGCAGACCCACAGCGGCAGGAAAAACCAACCAAUUCCAAGGACACAGUAUCUCCUGACACGUUUCCUAGGAUGCUAAAAAGUUUACAGCCCUAUUCCCUGACUUUUUUUCGCAGCCUGAUCCUUUAGUCAAAAACAACUUCUGCAAAAAUAGAAGCAGUAGGAAAAACACUUGGGGGGGGGGUGCUUUGUUUUAGGCAGUUGUACGACUCUGGCUACAGUGCCACGCCAUUAUAUAAGGAAUUGAUGACCGCUGGUGGACAUCAAAUGGAACUUAAUUUUUUGCAAGCGGGUGUCCUCUAAGCACUGAAGUCUCCUGUCAGGAAGGAAUAUAGAUUCUUGAUUGUAUGUUCAAGAAGUGUUUCUCCACAAUAAGCUUUACUUUCUGCUGUUGCCCUAGAUUGGAUCCGCUAAGCCAGUGUUUCUCAAUCUUAGCCACUUUAAGAUGUAAGGACUUCAACUCCCAGAAUUCCCCAGUCAGCCAAUUCUGGGAGUUGAAGUCCAUAUAUCUUAAAGUGGCUGAGAUUGAGAAACACUACUCUAAGCUGAGUAGCACAGGUUAAAUCCUGUCACCUGUUCAAUCAGGGGGGUAUGAACUUUUUGGUGGCAUGAAGUUCCAUUUAAUAAUUGGGGAAAAUGGGGAAAGGCAUGAGUUCCAGAGGCAGGCCAGCGAUGUACACUGGACAGAGUCCUAUCAUCUCCUUUCCUGAGUUUAAGGCAGGCAGAUUCUGGCAGAAGGGCAGGUGCUAAAUCUUUAAAGGUUUAUGGUCCAUCAGUAAUGGUAAGACUCCCGAUUGUGAAUUCCUUGGAAAGCUGUUGAUGAGGGCCAGGAUGGGAUGACCCAGCUCAUCAGCUGCUAAUCUAGACACUCUACUUGGCUACAUUUCUGAACUCAGCCUUCCCAUUGUGAGCUCCUUGCCAACAGUUCUCCUCCUGAUGUUGCACAUUCUUCUCUGAGACCAGAGACAGUGAUCUGUUUUGAUUCUGUUUUUGUAGAUCUGAUUUUUGCUUCUGGUGCACUUCUGUUAUCUUGAGGGCAGCUGGCUGAUAUGGUCAGCAGAGUCAAGGAAUGUCUUUAGGAAAUAAAAAGGCACGUGUAAUGAGAGAUUUCAAUCAGGUAUUUUCCCUUUACCUGCUAGUUUAGAAUCAGUGAGGGGGUCCAGUAAGACACAAGAGAACAUUUUAAUGUUCAUACCAAACUUGUAACAGAAGUGGUGCAUUCUGAAGAAAGGAGAUUUAAGGAGGAGCAAUCAGACAACACUGCAGAAUGAUCCUUGUGUUUGCUGUGUUUUGUGGAAAAUAUUCUUGCAGUGUUGGCCAUUGCUGUCCAUAGAAGCUUACGCACCAGCAAUCAACAAUUUGGAAGGCCCUCCUGGAAGCAGAUGCAGAACAUAUAGAUGUGAUGGAUCUAAUCUGCACUGAAUUACAGUAUGCCUCUGUUUUACAAGCCUCCAUUUUCAGGUAGCCUUCAGACAAGAACUCAUUCUAUGGCUGUGUUCAUACAACAGACCCUGUUCUUCCUGAAUUAACCUAUUUUUGGGUUGUCACUAUACAUUGGACCCUAAGCCAACCAAAUGGGCUGGAUUCACACAACAUGCUAAGAUGCACCUCCAAAUAAAAGCUAAUUAAGCUUUGUGUGUUGUAUGAAUGCACCUGUUAGCUCAUUAACUGACCAGCAUUAACUCUGUUGUAUGAACACAUUAUGCAUAUGAAAUUAAGAUGAUUGGAUCAUCUAGUCUACGAUUGCUUAUUCGUUUCAUUGUUAGGCUGCAGAUUAUUUACUGACUAAAUUGAUGGUCUAAAGCAGGUUUUCUGAACCCAUUAUAGAUCAGAUACUCUGUUAGUAUCUCCAGGUGGUGAGUGUUUGUUUUGUUUUUUAAAUCCCAGGACUAUAAUGCUUGUGCUUUUGAUUAUUUUUUUUAAAAAUCUGCGGUGAAGAUUGAUUGUGAUUCCUUUCUUUCUGUUUCAUUUUCAGUGGACUUGGGGGCUUUGCAUUUUUUUCUGAAAGCUCAGAAGAGGAGGCUAGCGCUCCACUGAGAUUUUGGAUAAAUAAAUGAGUCUGUUUUUCAGUCACAUUUUAAAGUAACCCUUUCCUGUUAUCUGCACACGGUGCUUGUUAGCCUUUGUGACAAAUGUAACUGCAGGCACAGGGGGCAUCGAGGGAGAGGGUCAAAAACAUCCAAGUGGCAGCCACAACUACAGCUCCUGUGUUGAAGUUUUUGCUUUGACCCCGCCCCACCCAACCAUGAUCAUCCCUGGCAGAUACUUUAUGGACUGCCUCUUUCUCCUUCCUUCAGUGAAGGAAGUUGCGGAAGACUUUAAUCUAGAAACAUUCUCCCUAGAUGUUUGUGGUUCUACCCAAGGAAAAUUUUCAUGCAUAGAAAAGUGUGCAUAUCUCUGUACUCUUCUGGCCCAAAUCUGGCCAAAGUCAUCUUUUUAAAAAAAAAAAAUGUAGGCAAGCAUGUCUGCUGAGGACAGGACAAGGGUUCAUAGUCCCUGGGCAAAAUGGUCCCUCUUUGGAGGAGGGCUGCUGGGGGCUUUCAAAAGCCCACCUUGACAUAACAUUCUACAUCACAUACUAUUGUAAAUAUUGGCCUAUUUAGUAGGCAUGAAUUAUGUUGAGCUAUGUGAAUUGGAUUACUCUUUCAGUAAUUAUGCUUCAUAAUGUAAGUAAAAUCUCACCAUCCUACUCUUCAUUUCUCCAUAAGAUCAUCCUUUCUGUGACCUACUGUAAAACAUGGCUUAUUAAGCCACAGUUGGCUAGGUUCCUACAACACUAAGGCAAAACCAACCAUCCAUGUUGGCUUAGUAUGAUGUGAGAAUCUAUACUUUUGCCUUGAAACAAUCUUUUGAAAUGUCUACUUUUGGCCAAACCAUUUUGUAUCUCUAUCCCACUUUUUUUCAGCCUAUUUUUAUCUUCCAUUGUCUAUAUGUGCUUUAAUAUCCAAAAUUCAUCAUCUGUCCAGAAGAGACUUGGUGAUCUCUGCACUGGGGGAAAAAAAAAAAAGGUCAGACUUGUGAUAAUAUAUUCAUGCUGGAUGUUGGAAGAUCCUGGUAUGAACUUGAAUGGCUGAUAUUUAAAAUAAAGGGAUUAGAGGGGUGAGACAGAACUUUGAAAUAAGGUGGUUUUUUCCCCCCUCAGGGCUUAAUCUUCUCAGAUCACCUGAAAAUGAUUUUGUUGGGGGAAAAAAUGGACAAGAAACUGGCGUUGACUUAUAAAUAAGGAUAUAAAAUACCUCUUCUGCCAGACACCCAGGUUCAGUGCAUUUCUGGGAGCUAUAAAUGAAGGACUUCUGUUCAAAUGCUCUUACUGAUUUGUCUUGUUUAUUAUUUAUGAGUGAAGAUAAAGUGUAAUCAAAUAGGCUUUAUUUUUUUAAAUUCAGGAAUUAAAAACAAGUAAAACUGUAUUGAUGCUGUUUUCUCUUCUUCCAAAUGGAAAUAAAUGCCACAAGAGAUCCUGUGGAAAGCA